UCGCACACGUACGUAGGCUCAAAUCAAAUGCUUUUGCAAGCAAGAAUGGUUUGUUUGUGUCACUCGCGCCUGCUUUAUAGUAGCUCCUUCCUGCUUUCCUCGCUCUUGGGUUUAUUUUCUACUGCUUAGAAGUUCCUGACUUAGUCUGCAAUGGAUAUAUUCAUUCUCGCUCGCUUGUUGGAUUUAUAAACUCCUCUACAUCUGUUCCGGGGCCAGCUGGAGUAGAUAAUCUCAAUACUAGUUCGGAAUUUUUGUCGUUGGCAUCUUCUGUUAAGAAAGUAACAUGCUCUGCUUUAAAGUCUGAAAGUGGUGGUUUGUUAAAGUAACAAAAACAGCCGGUAAAUGGCCUAUACUUCUGUCUGAGAUAUGACACUGUGAUGCAUACAGAAUAUUACUCAGCUGCAAUGAACUUAUAGCACAGAUAAAGGAGACCAUUAAUGUAGCCUUUAAAAGUGCUGCACUUCACAGCUGUAUUUUUAAUUGUGCAGACCAUCCAUUUUUGAAGCCGUAGACGACCUUAGAUGUUCUAAAUCCUGGAAAGACUGAAGAAAACUGUAUCAACAGGAUCAUUGUUGUAGAAACAAUUAAUAAAAGUAAAAACUAGCAUCAUUAUCUGUCUUUGUGACAGCUGCUAAGGGAUAAAACAAUUUCUUCAAAGUGAGAUACUGUUAUCUACCUAUGGGCUACUUGGCAAACUCAACAUUUAUUCAGAAUUACCUCCAGAAGUAUGUUGGUUAUUUAGAUUACAGGCCAUGAAGUGCAUGGUUCUUGCUAAUUUGCUACCUGAAAUGGAAAGUAGCCACUAGCAGUGUAAUGCUACAGUACAGAACAGAUAAUAACUUAAAGGUAAAGGCACCUUACUGCAAAAAUCUUUGACUGGAUCACUUCUUGUUGACAAGUCUCUCUCAGACAAUGACAUAAUUAUUUUUGCUUCACCAGUUCACGUAUCACCAUGGAUGUACCUCGCUCAUCUUUCACUGCAUAUACAAGUCUGCUGCCUCCAAAAAAAGACUGCACCUACAUGAGUUGCUAUUGUGAAGAAAAUGUUUGGAGGCUUUGUGAUCAUGUCAGAAAUGAAGGAACAUUUUCACUCGAAGAAUGUUAUGCUGUAUUUAUAUCAAAUGACAAGCGAAUGAUACCUUUAUGGAGACAGUGUGCUGGCCAUGGAGAUAAUCCUGUGAUAUGGGAUUACCAUGUGAUUUUCCUACAUACUCCAGCUGGGGACCAGAGUUUCAUUUAUGACCUUGAUACAACUCUGCCUUUUCCAAGUCCUUUCAGUACUUACAUAGCUGAAGCAUUUAAAUCAGAUGCACUUUUGCGUCCUGAUUUCAGAAGGAAGUUGAGAAUUGUUAGGGCAGAUGUGUACCUGAGGACCUUUGCUUCAGAUCGAUCUCACAUGAGAGAUGCCAGUGGUAGAUGGAAGAAACCUCCUCCACCUUUUCCCUGCAUUGGAACUUCAGAUUCAAAGAUGAACCUAGAUGAUUUUAUCAGCAUGAAUCCUGAAGUAGGAUGGGGUGAUGUUUUCACACUCACAGAAUUUAUAAACAAGUUUGGACAAGUAUAAUGUAAAGGUGGAGUUAAUGUAGAAAAGAAGAGCUGGAAGACCUGGAUGUCAUUGCUGAAGACAAGGAAUGUAAAAUAAUUUUAAAUAAAAUAUCUAAAUGUAAUUAACCACAGUGAAGAAUAAAAUAUUAAGUAUAACACA